CAUUGAUCAAUCGGUACGCUUUCGCUCCUUGACUCAAUCUUUCAUCCUGCUGAGACGCGACACGACAAGCUGCAAAGCGAGAACGGAAACGCUUAUAAAUUUUCUUUUUCAUUAUCGUACCUCUUUUGAGCACCCGCCAUGGAUAUGGGUGAAGCUAUGGAUAUAGACGAAAUGUCUCCUGCGUUAAUGAGACAAUUGGGGCGACUACGAUUGAAUGAUGCAAAUCAUAUCUCCACAAGAGAAGAAAGGCCAAGGUUGGAAAAUCACAGGGAUGUCGAACAGAAUCUUCUCUCCCUCUUCACCUGCUCCCCACAUAACCACAACUGACGGCUGGAUAACAGCGCAUUUCAACGAGUCUACCGCUACUCUACCCAACGUGGAGGGAUUUACACGGUAUUGGAGGCCCAAUUUUAGCCUAAACCAUGGUCAAAAUCAAUCCCAAUCUAGCACCGUCAAUUUUGUUCUCCCGACGACCCAAUGGAUCGCAAUAAAUCGUGGAUCAUCAUCAUCCCUCUCCUCAACACCUCGUAUUCCCGAACUCAAAGCCGCGUUUGAUGCUCUCGCCAGCGGACACCGAAUUAACGGCCACCUAACAUUAACCGUCUCGACACUCGACGAACUCGCGUAUCAAUACCACGUUUUAUCCGGUAAAUGGAUGAUCUUCGCAAACAGGGAUACUAUUGAUGCGUUAUGGCGAGACGUUGUGCAAAUGGUAUGCAUGUAUCGGAAAAGAGGAAUCGCAAAGGUUUCAGUGAAAGAAGACGAUAGGAAUAAUAGGGUGAUAUGUGUCUAUGUGGAGAAUUUUGCGGAUUUCGAAGAGGUGAGAGGGUUGAGAGAGGAUUUGAGAACGGUUGUCGGUGUGAAGAAGAAGAUCCCGUUCAAGAUGGAUGCGUAUACGCAUAUGGGGAUAUAUAGAGAUAAUCAGUGGGGGAUUCCACCAACGAGAUGGUUAGAGUAGGCAUCGGCCCUGCCCUGGCCCUGCCGCUGUCAGAAAUUUCAUUUUGCUUUGUCUUCUGCUGGAUCAUCUGUGUAUGGGCUUCAUGCUAUCUUUGUUCAAGCGUUGUUCCUUCUAUUCCCUGCUUUCACCCCAAUGUCCUAGUAUUAUUCUUUGUUUCUUAUUGUAUCUAUACAUAUAACUUUACCAGGGUUUAGUUUAUGCUCCAUAUGUGCAUCCUUCCCUUACAGAGCUUAAACCCAUCUUCAUCUGUUUACAGAAUACAUCUCUGUUUCUUCCUCAUUCCCCCACAUGAUGAUCCCCACAUGAUGAUCCCCAUACUGGCAUUUCCCACCACCUUUGACUCAAGCCUUCAAUAACCUCGAGCAACAGGUAAACAGGCAAUGAGCAUAUCUGUAGCAUUUAUCGAGUUUAAGCAAACGGAAAUUUGAAUGUCACUCCCU